AUGGUGAAGGAUAGUAAAACUCCAGCAGCAGCUGCUGGUGGAAAAGCAUCAGUUGCUGGGGCAAAAGGAGCUAAAGGAGCUAAAGGAGGCAAAGGUAAACAACCAGAAGAAAAGGCAAUUGAUGAAACUUUCGAGCCAAUAAAACUUGAUGUAAAAGGAGCUCAAACAGCUGUUGUAUGUUUAAAAAGUACUGAAGAUACUGUUUUAAUUCGAGCAUGUGAUUCAUUAUUUAAAUUUGCUGAUAAAAGUGAUGGUAAUAAAUUAUUAUUACAUGAAAUGGGUGCAACUGAUACUUUAUUUGCAUUAACACAUCAUGAAAAUCAAGUUGUACAACGAAAUGCAACAAUGGUCUUUGGAUUAAUGGCUUCUCAUCCGGAUGUUCGACAAUAUCUUCGUAAAAUCGAUUGUAUUCCACAUAUGAUAUCACUUUUAUCAUCUGAACGUGAACCAUUAACAAGUGAAUUUGCUGUUUUAUGGCUUCGUCAUAUGUGUAGUCAUUUUUCUACUAAAUCCCAAAUAGCUUCAUUAAAUGUUUUACAACCAUUAAUACGACUGAUAAAUGAAAAUGAUCCUGAUCUUAAAUUUAAUGCAUUAUCAACUAUUGAUCGUAUACUUGAUGAUUUUAAUUCACGAAGUAUUGUUCGAGAAUUAAAUGGAAUUGAACCAAUAUUAAAUAAUCUUAAAUCUGAUUAUCCACAAAUCACUGAAACUGUUUGUAAUUGUUUACAAAAAUUAGCUACAGAUCCAAAUAAUCGUGUUGUUAUAAGAGAUAUUGGUGGACUUGAUCGAAUGAUUGAUUUUAUUGGAGCAGAUGAUACGAAAGAUGUUCAUGUUCAUUGUUUAAAUGCAUUAGCAAAUCUUUUAGAAGAUACCGAAUGUCUUGAUCUUAUACAAGCAAAUGGUGGUCUUAAACGAUUAAUGCAAUUUGUACAAGAUAGUGCUUUACCAGUUGUACAAGCAGCAGCAGCAAAAGCGAUUGGACGUGCAGCAAGAAAACCACAGAAUCGAAAAAUUUUCUCUGAACAAGAUGCUGAACGUGCUAUGGUUUGUCUUUUACUUAGUGAAAGUGAUGACGUACGUAUAGCUGCUUGUCAAGCUUUAGCAGUUAUGGCUGAAAGUAUAACAAGUCGAGAAACAAUUCGGAAUCAUGAUGGUAUUCUAACACUUGUACAAAUGAUGCAAAAAGAUAAUCCACGUUUACGUGAAUUUUCGACAUUAGCUAUGUCGAAUUUAACUCAAAGUAAUCCAAAUAAUGUUAGAGAAUUACAAGAACAAGGAGGUCUUGAAGUUUUAAUUCAUUUAUUAAAUGAUGAAAAAGAUUCAACUAAAGCUUAUGCAUGUGCAACAUUGGCUAAUUGUUCAACUGAUCAAGUUGUACGUACAAAUGCUUUGGAUAAAGGUCUAAUAACUAAUCUACUUGCACCAUUACAUGCCAAUAAUGAAACAACACAAGCAAAAGCAGCUAUGCUUUUAUCAGCAUUUGGUAUUGAUCAAAAAGCUCGACCAGAAGUAUUAAGUAAUGCAGCGAUUAUUCCACGACUUGUUAGUUUAUCGAAAUCAAAUAAUGAUGAAGUUCGUCGUAAUGCUUGUUUUGCUAUCAGUGUUCUAUGUGCAGAUCAAACUAUUGCAAUGGAAAUUCUUCGAAAUGGAGCACUUGAAAUUUUACGUGAUAUAAAUGCAUCGGAAUCUCGUAAGAGUAAAUUUACUGAAAUGGCUUUACAAAGAAUACUUGAUAGUCAAUUAUCAGCAAAAUAUUCUUAUCUUGGACGAUUAGAAAGUAAUAAUAUAACAACAGAUGGAUUUUAUGAUAUGGGACCUGUUCCAGAGGGUGGAAAAUUUUUAACAAUUGAAGAACUUGCUGCCCAAGAAGUGAAUGAUCGUCGACCAAUAUUAAUUGUUUAUGCACCAGAAAAAAAUACUACACAGUUAAAUACUACUACCACAGAAGUCGCUCAAGAAGAUGAUCGUCCUCGAGGGCGAUCAUCUUCAAAUUCAAAUCUUGCAAGAGCAACAACACCAUCGAAAAGCUCAGAAGGCAAAGAAAAAGCAGGUAGUACUGCUGCUGCUAGCCGUACUUCAAAAACAGUGAAAGGAUCAACCAAAGAAAAAGAAAGCAAAGCUACAGUAAAUCAAACGAGUAAAACAAAAAAAGAAAAACCAACUGAUAAAAAAGCUGCGGCUGAAGAUAAAAAGAAUGCUGAAGUUGAUUCAUCCGUAACAAGUGGUACUGAUUCGAAAGUAGGGUAUCAACCAACAUCUGAUCAAGAUUUUCUAAUAUAUCUCGAUGAAAUUCGUCCACAAAUAACAAAAAAACCACUAGCAGAACAAAUACCUAUAUUAGCAAAAUUUGUAAGUGACAAAAUGGGUGGUACAAUUGCAUCUGAUGAUGUAACUACAUUUGGAUAUGAAGUCGCAAUGAUUCAAUUAAAAGCAGAAAUUCAUUCAAAUAUUGUACCGAUUGGUCGAAUACGAAAAGGUAUUUAUGCACAACGAGCAUUUUUAUUCAAGACAUUAGCUGAUCGACUUGGAAUAUCAUGUACAUUAGUACGAGGAAAUUAUAAUCGUGCUUGGAAUGAAGUUCUUCUUGGAGAAUCAUCUGCAGGUGUUCGAUAUCCAGCUAAAACAUGGAUUGUUGAUUUACUUCAUGAGCCUGGACGAUUAAUUCAUGCAAAUUCUCCUGAUGCUCGUACUUAUACCACACUCUCUUGA